AUGCGGGAGAGGCACGCUGCGGCUAGGGCCAAUACCAUUUGCCAUGAACAACAACCGCGAAACAUCCACGUACUGCAAUUACUGACAUUAUUAGUAUUCCUUAUUCCUGUCCACAGGGCCACACAAAUUGUACGAUUUCGCAUGGAGGAGGAAAAGCCAGUUGGAUUUCUUAUCGGUUUGUUACUCAAACAAUUGCCAGACGCGAUUCUCACCAGCGCCGGGACCUUGAUGUUCCGAUCCAUAGACCAAGAAGACGCAAGGUUUUUCAUUGUCGGAGUGAAAGACGGACGUGUACAAGUAGCUCAACGUAUUGAUCGUGAGGCAUUAUGUCCAUACACAGAAGUAGGUUUGGGGAGACCGGAUAUACAGCCGAACUGUCAAUUGGAAUUUUCCGUCAAUCUUCUAAGAAUUACAAACACAACGACGGAGAUAGUUGAUGUCCUACAAAUUUUCAUUACAGUGGACGACGUAGACGACCAUUCGUGCACUUUCCAACCAAGCGAAAAGCAAACAAUUUACUUACCAGAAGACACACCAUUGAAUACAACCAUUCCGCUCCAUAGGCCGAUGGACAUGGACACCGGAAGAGGUCAUGGAAUAAACGGCUCAUCAAUAAGAGUUAUGUCCGAAAGUGUUUCAACCGACACCCACGCACCAAAAAUAUUUGCACUUCGAGUGAGUGAUACAGACUCACUUGUGAAACCGCACGCCUUGGAACUUGUGCUACAAUCUUCUCUGGACUACGAGAGUAUAAAUUUAUACAAUAUGGAAAUAUUAGCUACCGGAUAUGAUAACUUCGAUUGCCGACUUUUAAUAUCUGUUCAUGUCACUGACUGCAACGACAAUCCACCUAGAUUUGCUAGCAAUUUUUCAGUUGUUCAAAUUUCCGAAACCUCUAAACCUAAUGUGCCAAUUUAUUCUGUAUCUGCCGUUGACUCUGACCUAGGGCCCCUAUACAGUAAAUUAAUUUAUGAAAUUGAUUCCUACGCCCCCGAAAUCAUUAAAACAACUUUCCGUAUUGACCCAGAAACCGGCUCUAUAUUUCUACAACGUCCCUUAAACCAUAGGAGGCAGACUACCUACGACAUUCCAGUUACCGUCCGCAAUCCCGUUCAGUUUGUACACAACUCAGGGAUACCAGAUGCACUAACCCUAAAUAUUGAUUAUCGAUUUAUGGAUAGGAUGCAAGUUAGAGUUCAUGUGGCUAGCACCAGUGAUCAGAAGCUAACCAUAUCGGUUUUUACUCCGGAAGGCGGCGAAAUAAUCACACUGCCAGAACACGUUUCAGACUUGCCGUUUGACUUUGCAGUAGUUUCUGUGACGACUGAAAAAGUUCAUUUGAACAGCUAUAUCAACUGCACUUUGGAGCACUCAGGAAUCAAGCAAUUCAAAUUGACUGAAAUAUCUACUUCAAAACAAAGUUCUCACCAAAUGAUCGCGGUUAGCAGCGAAAAUGUACCCAAUCCUACCCCUGUAGAGUUGAUCUACAAGUUGUCUGCUUUACAUUCCUUUGAUCGUGAAAUUACCAACACUGUACCUUUGAAAAUUCAAUGUCACGAUGCUGGCAAUCCACCGCUUACUUCGGAAUACGUGAUACAAGUGCACAUUAAAGAUAAAAAUGACCAUAGUCCACAAUUCAACAAAACCAAAUGGCGCUUCGCGGUAAACGAAGACAGCGAUCCUGGCAGACAACGAAUCGGUUACAUGAUUGCUCAGAUCAACGCUGUUGACCUUGAUGCCGGUCAGAAUGCUCAGAUAACAUAUCACAUAACCGAAGAAACUCAUGGAUCUCACUUUGUUGUAGACAACAUAACUGGAACAGUCCGCUCCAAAGGGAAUUUAGAUCGGGAAACGUCUGACCACCAUCAGUUUACCCUGCUGGCGAUUGACAGUGGGACACCACCAUUGACUGGCAGUACAGUUGUGACCGUGUUUGUUCGAGACUACAACGAUGAGGCGCCUGUUUUUGCUCAACAGAUGUACACGUUCCAUAUAGAGGAAAAUAAUGGUUAUGGGGAACUAAUUGGCAGUUUGCAUGCAACUGAUAUGGAUGAAGGCUCAAAUGCUGCGAUCGAUUUUAGUCUGGAAUUGAUGUUAUCACCAUCUAAGCUUCGCACCUUUUACGCCCAGUCAACCACGCCGCCAGUGACUUCAGGCGAAUUGCCAUUCGACCUUGUUAGUUAUUUCGACACAUUACAUAACACCUACGAGGUUCGAUUAUAUGCCAGUAAAAUGAUCGAUCGCGAGGCUGUCGCACCCUCUAGCCUAUUUUCACCCGAAAAGCCUCCACCAUUGGGAGUCUUCGCUCCUUCAGGGACUACGCAGCUGAGCACUGGGACAACGAAACCAUCACCUACGUUUAAAUUUUGGGUCGUCGGUGAAGAUGGAGGUGUGCCACGACGCAGAGGUCAAACAAUGAUUCAUGUGUUUGUGGACGAUGUCAACGAUCAACAUCCUGUGUUCCAAGUGCCGAGAAACACUUCGUCAUUGAUCAGCUUAUCGUACAUGGAGAAGACUGGCCAUGGUGUGUUCCAGGUUUCGGCCAUAGAUGCUGAUGCAGGACUCAACGGGACGGUUCGUUACUUCCUUCAGUCUAUUUAUUUACACAACCAAACUUUGAACCCACAAAAAAGAGACAAUUCUACCUCAGAUUUGCAAGUUCUUGACAAUCCGGCCAACACAGACCAUGUUGAGCGUUAUUCCAGUCUGUUCAACAUACACGAAACUACCGGUGUUAUAUUUCUGGUAAACGAACUAACAGAAGCAGACAUUGGAAAACUAUUUUCUGUGGAGUUGGUUGCUCGUGAUAUGGGAACUCCGAUAUCUCUGCGCUCCACCAUCAUCUUACUCAUUCGAAUUGAUGAUUCCGCCCCAAUUGGCAACAUAAACAACCAGCUUUACAAUCUCUUAGGGAACAGACCCGAACAAUCGUUCGCUCCAAAUGGCGGAUCUUACCUUAACUUUUAUAUAAUCCUAUCCAUUCUUUUCGUGUCGGGUUUUAUCUCCAUUCUUCUAAUGAGUGUGAUGUGCUUUGUACUCCGAAAAAGGCGGACCGGAAAUGCACAAAGCAUACCUGCUUUGGAGAGCAACGGCAGUGUUGAAAUCCCCAUGCGAAGUGCCCAGCUCUGGGUCACCCACAAACAAGGCAUUGAUAGCCCGGUUAAGACACUCAAACCAAUGUCAAGAUCCAACUCCCGGGUGGUGAGAGAGCUGUCCUCGGAGACGACAAACAAUAAAGGCACAUUUUCUUUGCUGAACUCAUUGCACACUGGGAGAACUUUACCCUACAACCCAACUGCACUGCACCUUCUGAAUGUCCAGCCCUGUACAACAAACCAAGCCAUGGAACAACUUCAGCAAGUGCAAAUGGUGUGCUCCGGCAGUGAUAGCGUUCCUCACAUGGUGACGGCUCCAUUUGUUUUAGCCAGAUCGAUCUCUCCCCCAAUCGAACCUAUUAUAUUAUAUACAGCAGAUGAGCAAGUUAACCAAGCAGGCAAAGUUGAGCCGCUACAGACGAACAACACUGGGGUGAAGUACAUAUACGGACCGCUUCCUACCUCAGCCCGUGGACAUCCUACGGAAGUUCAGCAUAUGUGUCUCCAUCCGAAACAUAGCAAGCGCAACAGUUUGGGAUCCCUCGAUCGAGACAGCGGUAACGAAGAUAGCCUGGACACAAGUACCGCAUCCGGGCACCCCGUGUCAAAAGCAAUCUGGUUACCGCCAGGUCUCCCCACAUUCCCGCAGGUUCAUGCUUCGUUUGCCCUGCCGUUUGUCCAUGUUUACUCACCCUUGUCAUGUGUCACAGAAGUUGAUCCCAACGUAGCCCUGUCUUCUGCAGAUAAUUAA